AUGGACAAACUGGAAACCAUGCUGAUACCAGAUGGACUCCUUUGUUCCCUCUGUCCUGUUGUCCCCUCACCUAUCAUUAAUGACUACCAAAACAAAUCCACUUUCUCUGUGAACUGAGGACCUGAUGGGAACCCAAAGACUGUGGGGCUCUUUCUGGGAGCUUGUAGAGGAGGUCAGUGUAAGAACAAGGAGAAACUGUGUUCUCAGAAAGCAUCACUGAAGGUAUUUUUAACUUGUGGGCCUGGGGCAGCCUGUGCCUUGACUUCACUUUUAUUUCCAAGAAGCACAAUGAUUUACUGUUCCCAUGAGCAGUCUCCCUACCAGGUUCUCUAUGGAGAACCACACAUCUUUAAGGAAAUCCUGGUUUUGCAGUUCCACAUCUCCCCAGAUGUCUUCUUCCAGAUCAACACAGUUGGGGCUGAUAUUCUCUACCAGACAGUCAGGGAGUUAAGUCAGCCUGAUGAAAACACCAUCCUUCGUGAUGUCUGUUGUGAAACAGGUGUGAUUGGUCUUUCUUUUGUUCGCCAAGUAUCCAGGGUCCUUGGUACUGAGAUAGUGGAGAAGGCUGUAGAGGAUGCCAGAUAGAAUGCAGUAUUGAAUGGAAUCGCAAAUCAUAAGUUUCACAGUGGAAAGGCAGAGACAGUGCUACCACAGAUCCUGACGUCAUGGGAUGAUGCCUAGUCCCUUCUUGCUGUGGUGAACCCCUCCUGGGCUGGAUUCCAUUACAGUGUAGUGAGGGCCGUUCAAAACUGUGAGGCCAUCCAGACACUGAACUAUGUCUCCUGCAAGCCAGAUGGAGAAGUCAUGAGGAACUUCCUUGAGUAA